AUGGCGACCCCUCCGUCUCCCUCGGGCGCGCUGCUCGACUCGUCGACCUAUGCCGCCGAGCUGAAGGCCUCCAUCCGGGGCAUGUUCCCCGAUGUGGACCCGGAAGUGGUGGACUCUGUGUGUGACACCUUCCUGCAGGGGGUGGAUGUGUUGAAUUCGCGCGGCGGUGGGACUGGCAUCAUCAAUUCCAUUGUCGACUCGCUGCUGGGGAUCUCGCCGGGGGCGCUGGACUUGGACCCGACGCCGGCGCCGCCGGUGACCCCGGCCGCCGGGCCGACCUCCUCGUCCCAGCCCAUCCGGCAAGCCGGCUCGGCGGCGGCUGCCGGCUCGGCCGGCGCACCUGCCGGGGCAUUCAUCUUCGGCACAUCCCCCUCCUCCGAGGCUCUUCGCAGCCUGCCAAGCUCGCUGUCCUCCCUGCGCGAUACCAUCGAGAUCCGGUCGCGGUCGCUUUCCUCGCGCGCGGUGGCCGCCCUGAAUGAGGCCGGCAGCAAGCUGGCCGCCGUGGCGACGGUCUCCGCCGCGGCCGCGGCCCCCACCCCCGCCUCACCGACAGCCACCUCCACCAUGGCCUCGGCGGCGGCCGGGGGGCUCGGCUCGGGGGCUUCCGGGUCCCCCUCGCCCGGCGGGCCUCGAGCCCCGAUGACCGCUCGCGAUCGCCUGCACUCCAUCACCUCGCCCCUGACCGGGUCCCUGCAGCAGGCGCUCUUCCAAUUGAACUUGGUCUCCUCGCCGCCGGCCGGCAGCCAGCCAGGCGCCUCGGGCCCGGGCUCUUCGCCGGUGGCUGUCAGCACGCCCGGGGCCCCUGGCCCCCUGGCGCAAGAUCCCCCGGCGUCGCAGGACUCCAGCUCGCCGGAGGAGCUGCUCCUCCCGCUGGACGAGCCGGAGGCAUCGACGCCAGUGGUCCCGGCUACCCGGCCGGUCGCCAGCCCCCCCUCCUCGGAGUACAUGCGCCUGCUCACGGAAUUUGACCCGCUCUCGGCCAGUCAGGACGCCCUGACGGGGCCGAACGCUCCAGCUGCCCCGGCCCCGGCCCCGGUCCUGGUUGGCGGCUUUUCGGCCAUCUCCCCGCCGGUCGGCGUUGAUACCGAGACGUUCUCCUUCUUCGGGGGGUUUGUGUCGAUGCCGCUGCUCAGCUCGAGCGAUGAUGAUCUGGUGACGGCCACCGCUCCGCCGGUCGGCCUCGCCAUCAACACGGCCAUGCCGCCGGCGGAUCUGACCGGCGUGGCGGCCUUCCGCCAGGCCUCCUCGCCGGAUGAGCUGACCCAGACAUCCGAUCUGGCCACCUUGUCGCCAAUGCUGGCCUCCACCGUGGCCGAAGCCAGCAUCGCCCAGGACCCGGAGCCCGGCGCCAUGAACUCCGAGGAGGUGACCUUCGGCCCGGUGUCGGAGGAUUUGCUGGUCAAUCCGAUCCGCUUCAGCCGGGCCACCGACAUGGUCAGGCGCUUCCAGAAGGACAUCGUCCACCACUCGUCCCGGAUUAAGGCCCUGGCCGAGGACAUUGCCACCCUCCGGCGGAAUUACGACAAGGAGUGGGUCCGCCUUCAGCGGGCCGGCCUGGUGGCCUUCCAGGGCCCCACCUUCCGGGAGUUCCUCAGCGCCAGCGUCAAGGUCAUCCAGUGCCGGCAGAAGUUCCAUUCCAUCAUCUCGUACCACCUGCAAAUCCACCUGAGCCGGGUGCAGGAGGGCCUGGAGGCCGCCGAAUUUGCCUUUACCCGUGGUGCGAUUCCCAGCCUGGUGGCUCCCAGCUACGCCGGGAUCACCACCCAGGAGCUGAUCAGCAUGAACCCCUGUCGGGACGAGCUGCGCGCGCUGCUCCGCCGGCAGAAGGCUGCUGAGAAGGCCAAGGCGGAUGCCCAGGAGCGAUAUGACAACGUGUGUAAGGCCAUGAAGUCCAAUGCCAAACACAAUCAGCUUCUGUCUGCCAUCCUGGAGGAUUCCAUCGAGUCGCGCUCGUCCUAUGAGCACGACAUCAACGGCACCAUGCUUGAGCUGUUCGCGCGCAUCGUCGCCAGCAUGGAGUCCCCACUCGGCCGGCACUACAACCAAAACAUCGAGGCCCUUGCGCAGGAUGCCGGCUCCUCGAUCGACUCGAUGGAGGUCAUCAACUUCAUGGACAACUUCACCAUCUCCCUUGCGCGAUACUUCAACCUCAUCCAACCGGCGGAAGCCGACGAUGCGUAUGCCCUGAUGAUGGACCCGAGUGGGGGCCAUGUCAUCUGGCACCUGCGUCUGCUGAUCGACCGGCUCGUGCAUCGCGAGCUGCACUUGCCCCUGUGGCACAAUAUUCUCCUCUGUCUGGAGAACAUCAGCGAAGAGAUCGCCCGCGCGGCCGCGCUUGUGCGAUCUCGCCCCCGGAUGUCGCCGGCACUAGAGCCCGCCGGGCCCCCCUCGCCGAAGUCGGGUUCCUUCAACUCCGGCAGCACCUCCUCCGACGUCUCGGACACUUCGAUCUUCGGAUCAAGCUCCUCCAGCACGGACUCUUCCCUGUCUGCCGGGCAUCGGUCGGGCGACCAGCCGUCCUCCCUGCUCUCAACGCGCUCCAUCAGCGAGGAGGAGCAGCACCACCCGCCGGCCGGAGGGCCGGUGGGCUCCCCGGCACACGCGAUUGCCACCCAGCCCACGCUGUCUUCGACCGGCAGCCCCCUGGCCGAGGAUCUGGACCGGCCGAUUUCCACUCCGGCCGGGCCCCCGGCAGUGGGUCCCCGGUCGACAGUCUCCUCCGACAACGGCGAGCACUACUCAGAUGGCGAGGCCAGCUCCGGGGGGGAGAGCUCGCGCUUCAACACCGAUGACGAGGCGAACAUCGUGACCGCCGACCAGCUCAUGCCGCUGACAACCUACUGCAUCAUCAAGGCGCGCCUCUUCAACCCCUUCCAGCUCAUCAACUUCCUCACGGAAAACACCCCGCCGCCCUUCUUCCACGGGAAGACCGGCUACGCGCUGGCCACCUUCGAGACCUCUGUGCGGGACAUUUUGUUCAACCUCUCGCCCAACUGCGGGCUUAACUCCCGGCCGACGGUGCAACAGCUAGCCCAGAGCCUGAUGGACUCGCACCCGGCCUCCGGCGGUGCUGCCGGCACCGGCCACAGCCUGAUCGACUCGCCGCCCGACUCACCGGUUCGCGCGUCGCUCCGGCUCUUCAGUUCAGACAGCGACACGUCCGAUGGGUCUUCCUUCCCGUUUGGCUCAUCCUCCGAGGGGUUUUCCUCGUCGAGCGACGCGUCGGAUUGCUCGCCCUCGCCGGGCCCGGGUCGGGGUGCCCCGCUGGCCGGCCUAGCGCCGGUCAUCCCCUCGGCUGGCCGGCUGCCCGAGGACCUCCGCGACUUGGUGCUGGUGCCGGAUGCGGAGAUCCAGGCGCAGGCGCAAGCGCAGGAGCAGCAGCAGGAGCAGCAGCAGCCGGAAGGGCCUCCCCCGGCUGCGGGCCCCGGUCCACACUCGCCGUCGCUCGUGACCAAGCUUUUUACCGAGGAGCUCCCUCUGUCGCCGAAGCACCAUGCCCCAAGCACUGUCCAGUCGCAUAAGGACCUCGCAGGCGAGGCGAUCCUGGCCUCAUCAGCUGACAGUGGUGGCGGCCGGAUCGCUGCCAGCGCCGCCGGGGCCAGCCGCUCCCCGCUCGGCCUCGAGUCGUCGGCCUCUCCCUCGACCGAGGCUCUGACAGACGCCGACUCCAAGUCACAUCUGCUGGCCUAG